GAGGUACCAGAGAUCACAGUUCGCCUGGUUUUUCACGUCUCUUCUCUCGCUUUUCUUCUCUUCUAUUCAUACAUUUAACUCAUCUGAUCUGCUUUAUAAUCGUAAAAAAUCUGCUAAAAUAUCAUAAAAAGUCUAGAUAUUUAGCUUUGAUUUCAUGAGAAAGAUCAGAUAUUUUCGGUAGAAUAAGCCGAUUCCCGGCGUGAUUCGUCGAAUUAAGGCGAGGGUUCCCGACGAUCAAAGAUCGGUGCGUUCGUAGCUGUGUUUAUCCGCAUGAGCUGGUUCGUGAAACUGGGGAUUUCUUCGAAUUCAAGUCACUUCAUUACCUGUCUCUUGAUUUUUAUCCUCCAUUAUUCGCCUCAGUUGCCUCCUGCCUUGUUUAAAUUUGAGAAGCCAUUGGAGCCUAGGUUAAAUCCAGAACGAUCUUUACAAUAUGGAAUCCGACAAUCAGAGUAAUCGCCAAUUGAGAAGAGCUGCUUGCAAUUCAAAUACUGGGAGAGGGCGACCCAAUUCGCCCUCAGUCAUCAUUAUAGGUGGUGGCUUUGCUGGAAUUGCAGCUGCUCGUGCUCUCCAUGAUGCCUCUUUCCAAGUUGUCGUGUUGGAAUCACGGGAUAGAAUUGGAGGUCGAAUUUAUACUGACUAUUCAUUUGGUUUUCCCAUUGAUUUGGGUGCAUCAUGGUUGCAUGGAGUUUGCAAAGAGAAUCCUUUGGCACCUGUGAUUGGAAGACUGGGACUACCCCUUUAUCGUACUAGUGGAGAUAAUUCUGUGUUGUAUGACCAUGAUCUGGAAAGCUAUGCACUCUUUGAUACAGAUGGAAAUCAAGUUCCUCAAGAACUGGUCACAAAGGUUGGCGAGACAUUUGAGAGCAUUUUAAAAGAGACAGGUAAAGUCAGGAAGGAGCAUAGUGAAGACAUGUCUAUACUCUGUGCGUUUUCAAUUGUUUUUGAAAGACGAUCAGAUCUAAGGCUAGAAGGGCUUUCAUAUAAGGUAUUGCAGUGGUACUUAUGCAGAAUGGAAGGUUGGUUUGCUGCUGAUGCAGAUACAAUCUCACUUAGAUGUUGGGAUCAGGAAGAACUACUUCCUGGUGGUCAUGGACUUAUGGUCCGGGGUUAUCUUCCAGUUAUAAACACCUUGGCAAAAGGACUUGAUAUCUGUUUGGGCCACAGGGUUACAAGAAUUGCUCGACAUUAUAAUGGGGUCAAAGUCACAGUUGAAGAUGGUAGGACAUUUGUAGCAGAUGCAGCUGUUGUUGCUGUUCCCCUUGGUGUUCUGAAAGCCAAUGCCAUAGAGUUUGAACCAAGCUUACCAGAGUGGAAAGAGGAAGCCAUAGCAGGUCUUGGAAUUGGCAUAGAGAACAAGAUAGUUUUGCACUUUGACAAGAUCUUCUGGCCAAAUGUUGAGUUCUUGGGAGUAGUCGCUUCUACUACUUACGGAUGCAGCUACUUCCUAAACCUUCACAAGGCAACAGGUCAUCCUGUUCUUGUUUAUAUGCCUGCAGGACAACUGGCCCAAGACAUUGAGAAAAUGUCUGAUGAAGCUGCUGCUAAUUUUGCAUUCAUGCAACUCAAAAAAAUUCUUCCUGAUGCUUCUGAACCGAUUCAAUAUCUUGUAUCUCGCUGGGGAACGGAUAUCAACUCACUUGGAGCCUACAGCUAUGAUGCAGUAGGAAAAUCUCAUCAUCUAUAUGAAAGGCUGAGGAUCCCUGUGGACAAUCUGUUCUUUGCCGGGGAAGCAACAAGUAUGGCCUAUCCAGGGUCGGUGCAUGGAGCGUUCUCAACUGGACUAAUGGCUGCUGAGGAUUGCAGGAUGCGUGUUCUGGAACGAUAUGGGAAUCUGGAUUUGUUCAACCCUGUCAUGGGCGAAGAGAUGGCAUCUAUGUCUGUCCCACUUCUAAUCUCCCGCCUGUAACCAUCCCUCCGUCCAUCUAUGGCUAUGCUACCUGGGUACAGACUGACUGAAACAACGUAACCACCUGGUUUUAUAUGGGGGAAAUCAUCAAUUUUCCCUUGGACUUUCCAACCUUUUGGUUAUGUCUGUAAAGAACAGUCCCCCUGUGUUGCUUGCAUGGUUUAGUAAGGUCUGGUUGUUGAACAUAGCUAUAAUAGAUAAUGCAUCUAGGUAUGUGUAACUGAGUUAGCUCGAGAUGAAGAGCCUAAUAAGCGUCUAACUGCCAGAAAAUUUGAUUUCAAGGCAGGAAGAAAAAUAGGUGCCCCACUUCACUAGUGGGGAUAGUGUGUAUUCUUUCAUGUUUGGCAAGUGGACUGCAAUGCAGAAUUUAAAUCAACAGGCGGUUUCUGUUUUGUUUGCUC